AUGGAGCGAACAGAAAUUAUUCCUCAGACGUCUGAAGAUCUCGGUUCUGGACAUCUUUACUACCAUUUCUCCCUUCUGACUAACAGCACUAAUCCGCCAAACCCAAAUUUUGAGCAUCAAAUUGCUUUCUUCGAAGUAAAGUUGCCUAGUCAUUUCACUGAAAUUAAAUACGGCACCAUCAGUGGCUCAACGGGUGCCGAUAAUAGCCUCCGCUGGGACGUGUCACAGGAAACGCAAUGGUCGACCCAACUCACAGCUGGAAAUUGGUAUAAUUUCGCGUACGACAUUGAUUUCGAUGCGCAGACCGUCGGACUCUGGGCAAGCAAUGGCUCGGAACCAUUGACCCAACAAGUUGCGCCAAUCGCAGCCAGCACAUCUACGAAUUCUCAGGAUUGGCAUAUUGGGCAGCUCAGGUUGCCAAACGGAGGUUCAGACGCAGAUGCAGAGGAUUGGUUUUGGUCGGGUAUUUGGAUUGAGGAAGCACCUCUUACAACAAGUGUUGCAGGGCCAGUGGCUUCAAAUGCCACCAGGUAG